AGGCGAGGCCUCCCGGAGUUAUCCGCUCGGACGGAGGCGAGGGCGUGAGCGAGGAUACAGCGCAGCUAGGGAGCAUAGAUGGUGGACGGUCCUUCAGGGGGGGCAUCGAGCGCAGAGGGUCAUCGACCGCACACCCCAUCAUUGUCAGGCCCAGUACACAUGACGUUGGAGACGGGCACACAGAUGAGCCUCGACCGCAUUUGACGGGGAUGCAUGACAUUAUGUGUCCACCACCCUCACGCCCCUCUGCCGCUGAUCCUGGCACCUACGGGCAGGCCACGCCGAGCGCAUUGCCUACGAGGUCUUUCUACGACGGUGCGGGCAUGGACCGGAGGGCGGGCGAUAUCGAACAGACAUCAGCAUAUGGACCGGCAGAUGUGCCCGCGGAGGCGCGAUCGAUCGGCAACGUCGACGGCACUUGUCAUGAUUCCAUGAGAGCUUACGAGGAGCAGCAUGGGAGGUCUAUACAGGCCAAGACGAGCGAUGUCAACGACACCAGGACGGCAACUGCGAGGCUGUCACGGGCGAGGAAGAAGGGAACAGGUGUGUCGAUUCCAUAUCACCGGCGCCGCCUGCAUCCUUUUUUCCGCAACAGGACGAGACCAGACAGAUGUCAGCUGCCGCAGAUGGACAGGGGGGGGCGGAGGGAGGUGACAGAGUGGACGAAGCAGGUCGAGGUGAGAAGAGACGAGGCGGCACGAUCAUCCUCCACGACAACAGCUCCACAGCCGCUGAGUGCGGUGAGACCACAGGCGCCGACGAUCCUGAUGACUCCGAUUACGUCCCGAGGAUCCGUACGGCGGACGGAGAUGACGGCGGAGGUCGUCGCAUGAGGAUGAGGACUGGACCUGGCCCGGAUGGUCAUUGCACCCUAGCGGCACAUUUGCCGCCUAUUGAUCGAUGGGCGCAAGCUCGUUCUCUGUUGCGCAGACUGGGGGGGCAAAGAUAGACACAAGGGACAUCACUGCCACAUCAGCAGCCGGGGGGGGGAAUCCCUGAGACACGA